GAAUUCCCAGCGCAGCACCGAGUGAGAGACCACCUUGCGCGUCUUGGGACGGAAGUGCACCUAUCAGGCCGACCUCUCCACCACCUCCACCCUCACCUUCUCGAAGGCCUCUCUGACACCGACACCCCGUCGACAUCUCGAAUUGCAGCCGGAACGAGGAACAAUAAACAACAACCGCCCACCAUGCGCUUCUCCGCAACGACCGUCCUGAUCACGGCGCUGGCGUGGAUCACCACCGUGACCGCACACAACAUCCAGCUCCGCGCUCACUCCCGGGAAUGCUUCCACGAGUCCCUGCACAAGGAUGAUACCAUGACUGUCACCUUCCAGGUCGGUGACCGGGAGUUCGGAGGCAGCGGAAACCUCGAGAUCGACUUUUGGGUCGAGGACCCCAACACCAACCGCCAGUACUACAAGCACGCCAUCUCGUCGGAGGACUACUCGUUCCACGCCCACGCGGACGGCAAAUACGUCUACUGCUUCAGCAACGAGGGAUGGUCGUCGAACUCCAAGGAGGUGUCCUUCAACGUUCACGGAAUCGUCUACGUCCCGGAAUCGGAACUGGAUCAGGACCCGUUGGAGACUGAAGUUCGCAAACUCUCGGAAGCUCUGGCCCAGGUCAAGGAUGAACAGUCGUACAUUGUUGUGAGAGAGCGGGUGCACCGGAACACGGCCGAGAGCACCAACGCGCGGGUGAAGUGGUGGAGUAUCUUCCAGCUGGCUGUGCUGAUCGGAGAGGGUAUUUUCCAGGUGUGGUGGCUGAAGAGAUUCUUCGAGGUCAAGCGGGUUGUCUAGAGUGAUGGAUGGAUGGAUGGAUGGGUGGGUGUAUUUAUGAGCGUGAUAUUAUAAGGGGUGUUUUAUCUUGACAUUCUUAUAAUCGAAUGGUGGAAUCUCUUUCCUUCUCUCUAUCUCUAUCUCUAUCUCUAUCUUCACGAUUAAGAUCAUCUGGAUGAUACUUAGUACCCUGGUAUGGGAUACAAUCCAAAAUAAACGAUUGAUGUAUACACUAUACAGCUUCAAAAAGUG